GUGUAAUGCAACCCUUUCAUAUGUACCUUUCGUUUCCAAAUAGAACAAGAAAAUUAGUAAAACAAACAAAAAAUAAACACCUCAAAUGGUUCUAACUGAUUAUAAGCACUUAACUUGGUUGGUUUUUAUUAACAUGUGUAAAAGAAUCAAAACUAUUGACUAUUCUUUUCUCACAUUAACCAACCAUGUUCAUUAUGUUCAUAUAAAUUGAACUGUUUCUGUUUUUUUAAUUGAGUUUGUGAAUGUUUAGAUAAGAACCAGACAUGUUUUGUAAGAGAGAGAACAUGGAGGAAUUUAAGGAAGAGAAAUGUUAUGUGGAAACUGAUCCAACUGGUCGUUAUGGCAGGUUUGGAGAUGUACUUGGAAAAGGGGCAAUGAAGACAGUGUACAAAGCAAUUGAUGAGUUGCUUGGAAUAGAGGUUGCAUGGAACCAAGUGAGGCUCAAUGAGGUACUUAAUACGCCGGACGAUUUGCAGCGGCUUUACUCGGAGGUUCAUCUCCUGAGCACGCUCAAGCAUCGGUCGAUCAUGCGAUUCUACACGUCUUGGAUUGAUAUCGAUAACAAGGCUUUCAAUUUCAUUACAGAAAUGUUCACAUCAGGAUCACUUAGAGAAUACCGGAAGAAGUAUAAGCGAGUAAGCGUACAAGCGAUAAAGAGUUGGGCGCGCCAAAUCUUGCAUGGUCUAGUUUUUCUACAUGAACAUGAUCCACCUGUUAUCCAUAGGGACUUGAAAUGUGAUAACAUAUUUGUGAAUGGCCAUCUUGGACAAGUGAAAAUUGGUGAUCUUGGACUAGCUGCAAUUCUCCAAGGCUCUGAAUCAGCUCAUAGUGUUAUAGGUACACCGGAGUUCAUGGCACCGGAAAUGUACGAGGAAGAAUACAAUGAACUUGCUGAUGUUUACUCAUUUGGCAUGUGUGUAUUGGAGAUGCUCACAUCUGAUUAUCCGUAUAGCGAAUGUACUAAUCCAGCGCAGAUUUACAAGAAAGUGACAUCGGGGAAGCUGCCAAUGUCGUUUUUCUGCAUCGAAGACACGGAAGCACGGAGAUUCAUUGGAAAAUGUUUAGAACCUGCAGCAAAGAGGCCGUCAGCGAAGGAGCUGUUGCUUGAGCCCUUUCUUUUGGCCGAUGAUUUGUCGUCGGCCAAGAAGUUGGCAAUUCAGAAACCGUUUUUGAAUGACAGUGAGAUGGAGAAACUUCGACUGAGUGAUGAAUUUCCUAGGACUGAAAUGAAAGUAAUCGGAAAGUUGAAUCCCGAAGACGAAACCAUCUUUCUCAAAGUGCAAAUUUCUGAUAAGAAUUGUUCUGUUAGGAAUGUAUAUUUUCCAUUUGAUAUUCACACUGACACACCAAUUGAUGUUGCAAUGGAGAUGGUAAAAGAAUUGGAGAUUUCUGAUUGGGAUCCUUACGAUAUUGCGAAUAUGAUCAAUAGAGAGAUAUCUGCUCUUCUGCCAUAUAGAUGGAAAAAUGAAAAUUCAGAUUCCUUCCAAACAUUCAGUUACCAAAAUGACGAUAUCGAUGAACAUCGUCUUCAUUUCCGCUCAAUCUCUUCUUGCUCAUCGUUACAAGAAUCAAUACCGGAUUCAGCCUGUAAAGCGGAUGAAAUAUCGCGCGGUUAUUAUUUGCUUCAUGAUGAUUUGCAUGAUGAUAACAGUUCAAGAUGCUCUUCACAAGGGACAUAUUCAAACUGGAACUACUAUUCUAUGGAUGAUCAUGAACACAAUGUAGCUUCGAUCCGAAAAGAUUAUAACCUUCCCAUCAUAAAGAGUCACAAGGGCACAAGAUUUUCACCUGGUGAAGAGUUUAGCAAUUGCAACCAGUGUAAGAUUUUAGGAGGAUCACAGAACCCUUCACCUAGUAAAAACAAGAUGAUGAUGGAAAAUCGAAAACUGACACGGAACAGGUCACUGAUCGAUAUGCGGAGCCAAUUGUUACAUAGAUCAUUGGUUGAUGAAUUGAACAAAAGAAGACAAUUCAAGACUGUUGGUGCUGUGGAGAAUAUUGGAUUUCAAUCACCUUAUGAUGAUUCUAUAUGAUAAUACUCAAAGUUUGUAUAUCUUGCUUUAACAAGAGUGUGGCAUGGUAUAUAAAAUUGAAGAGUUAUAGUAACAUUUAGAUUUGAGUGUCUCUUGAACAUUGAAUUAAAUAGAUGAAAUGCAUAGUAGUCUUGUGUGUAUGUAUGGACUUAAGACAAUUUUUAGGUUCACUUGUGAUGUGUUAUCAUACUUCUCAGUUUUGGAACAUACUCCAAUUUAAUUAAAAGUUGUUGAAUAUGUUUA